UCUCUUCCUCUUCGCCCCGGCCGCCGCCCGCCUCGGAGCUGCCGCCAUCAUGAAGGUCGAGCUGUGCAGCUUCAGCGGGUACAAGAUCUACCCGGGCCAUGGGCGCCGCUACGCCCGCACCGACGGCAAGGUUUUUCAGUUCUUGAAUGCAAAAUGUGAGUCUGCAUUCCUUUCCAAGAGAAACCCCCGUCAAAUCAACUGGACUGUUCUGUAUAGGCGUAAACACAAGAAAGGACAGUCAGAAGAGAUACAAAAGAAGCGCACACGUCGUGCUGUUAAGUUUCAGAGAGCUAUCACUGGUGCAUCUUUAGCUGAGAUUAUGGCUAAACGAAAUCAGAAGCCCGAAGUACGAAAGGCGCAGAGGGAACAAGCUAUUAGGGCUGCAAAAGAAGCCAAGAAGGCUAAGCAGGCAACCAAGAAAACGGCUGUUUCUGCUGCAAAGGCUCCUACAAAGGCAGCACCUAAGCAGAAGAUUGUGAAACCAGUCAAGGUUUCUGCUCCCCGUGUUGGUGGAAAGCGCUAACUUGCCAAACUGUUAGUCAUGCUGAAUAAACAUCUGACUAACUUGCAUAACUUGUGCCAUGUUCUCUUCAACUGUGUGAGAUAUACUGAAGAGAAUUAAUCUGUGAAGUAACCAUGUCUGUUUCUGCAGACUGAAAAAAUCAUCUUGCCAUAAAAAAAAUUGGUUUCUUAGACAAUCUGCUGUAUUAGCACACAUUUCAUAAGUCUUUAAAGAAUGACUCAGGUGGCAGGGAAGAUGGAGCUGAUGUUUGAGGAGCUGUUCUUGCCUGAAGGACAAAACAGCACAUAAGUACAAGUUUAUUCCGCAUCUAUGACAAAUGGCAUGAAAAGAGGCUUCUAAGCUCAGCGAUGCAAACUAAAGGGGGUGUGAAGCAGUACUGUCUGUAAGUGACUUAAAAAGCCUAAUGCACUUCUUGUGUUGUGGAACACAUGUAGCAAGCUGCUGUAGAGGAUCAAAGGAGGAAUAGGUUGAAAAAAGGGAAUGGAUAGUUUCACGGACUGCAUGGCUGUGACGCACAAAGGUUCAGAUGCAACUGGAUCAGGAAGUAACAAAAUGAUGGAUUGCUGGAAGCUGUUGUCAGGAAAAGGAUGGCUGUGAAUGUUGAAUGAGCUUCAAAUGCAGCUGAUGGUAUACACUUACUUCAAGCCCAUUUAGGUUCAUAUUUAACUUCCAGAAUGCAGAUAGGGGUUCCCUUCCUAAUUCCCCACCCUCCCACCCCUAGAGGGAGUAGCCAUUUGUUAAAUUCUUCAUGUGAAGUAUGUAUCUGUCUGCUUUAGUAAUUACACUACGUAGACAGCGUGCCCAAACUUUGCCAUAGUUCUCAUGGACAGUAAUAGCCUCGGCAAAGCAAUGUCCUCUGACUUAGUAGAAGCACAGGAGAAAAUGAACCUUCUCUAUUUUCUGGAUCAGCUACUUCUCAAUGCGUUGAUGCCACAUCUUAAUGCCCGUUAACUUUGAGGGCUUGCUUUGUUAUCUUACUACGCUAGACAAGAAAGCAGCUGUCUUCAGUUUUGCUUCCUGCAGUUCUUUUGGGCUUCAAAAACAAUGGCUGUAAUGGGCACUUUGGGUUAUAUUUUGAGUUAUAUCAUACUUUGUUUUGGGUUUAUUAAUAAAAUAGAUACAGGUCUGGAUGAAGGUUGCAACCCGUUUAAAAUAGGUCUAGCUUGAUUACAUGAGUGGAAUUUGCACCAUUAUCUUCCAAACAAUUAUGCUUUUUGCUGUUAAAAAAAAAAAGCAUAGGAGCUACUCAUGUUUAGAAUUAAAUUGAAGGUUUUUAAACUGGUUAACACACUUGAAAGUGAAGGAGCCAGAAACUGGAGGGGGGAAGAGGGGAAGGAAAACUGCUUGUUGUUACAGGGAAAGGAAUUUUUAAUCAUUUAAAACUGAAGGCUGAAAACACCACUGAAAGUUACCUAUGCUAGUGAUGACUACAUAAAAUCCUAAUUAUAUCAGUGUCUUCUAUAAAGCACCUGGCACACUGCAUGCAUGCUUGUGAAAGUUUUCAGCUAAAAAGCUGAAAGUGAACAUGAGCUUUUACAAUCUGCUUGAAAUACUAUUAAUGAUACAUAGGAAUUGAUUGUCAGAUGUGACUAAUUACUAAGCCAGUAUUUGUUAAUGCUUUGAAGUUUGCAGGCUUUGGCUGCCUGGUGGUACUGCAGAGGUGCACAGAAACGCUUUAAGAUUACUCUUCCUUGCUGCUUAUUCAUGAGUUCUGACUGAUAUGGUGAGGUGGAGUAAAGAGUAACAGCCCACCGGGUUACCUGUCUCACAAGCUAUGCUUCAAGUGAGUGAGGCACGCUGUUCAGAGCAGGGUGUUAACCUGGUGUAACUGCACAUUAUUCAGCUCAAACAUAAUGCAAUGAAUUAACACGGAAAUUAAUAAAUUAAAGUCCUUGUGUUUACCUAA